CACCCCACUAUGUUCUCUCUCCCCGCAUCCCCUCUUCUCAAACCAGCUGAAUUGUAAAGCAGAGAUAACAGGAGAGAGAGAGAGAGAGAGAGAUUCCGUUGGGAGAGAAUGUUUGAAAAGCUCUCCGGUUGGGAGUGUAGGAGGGAAACAAAAGCUAAAACCCCUCUACCCUCCAAAGCUAAAGUCUUUCUUUUAAAGUUCUCUCUCAAAAUCCCUAUCUCCUUUUACAAGGCAUGCUAACCUCCACUACCAAAGGCCAGCUCUCCCCAGAAUAUCAAACCCCUCCUCUCCUCUCAUCUUUAGUCUUUUUCUUCUUUAUCUUCCUCCUCUGCCCCCUUUCUCUGCUCUGGAGCUUCUUCAGUUCCAGGCAUGGAGCUGGCGGCUCUUGAUGACAUAAUCAAUAGGUUGCUCGAUGUUAGAGGUCGACCCGGGAAGCAGGUGCAGCUCUCGGAGGCAGAGAUUCGCCAGCUGUGUGUGAUUUCCAAGGAUAUUUUCAUGCAGCAGCCCAAUCUGUUGGAGCUCGAAGCGCCCAUCAAGAUCUGCGGAGACAUUCAUGGUCAGUACUCUGAUCUUCUGAGGCUUUUCGAUUAUGGUGGGUUGCCUCCCAAGGCCAAUUAUUUAUUCUUGGGGGACUAUGUAGAUCGCGGAAAGCAAAGUCUAGAAACCAUAUGCCUUCUCCUUGCAUACAAGAUAAAGUAUCCUGAGAACUUUUUUCUUCUGAGGGGCAACCAUGAAUGUGCUUCUAUAAACCGUAUAUAUGGAUUUUAUGAUGAAUGCAAGCGAAGAUUCAAUGUCCGACUGUGGAAAGUAUUCACAGAUUGUUUUAAUUGCCUACCUGUGGCAGCUCUCAUUGAUGAAAAGAUACUGUGCAUGCAUGGUGGACUUUCUCCAGACCUUCAUAAUUUGGAUCAAAUAAGGAAUUUACAUCGACCAACUGAUGUUCCGGAAGUUGGUUUGCUUUGUGAUCUUCUCUGGUCCGAUCCUAGUAAAGAUGUCAAGGGUUGGGGGAUGAAUGAUAGAGGAGUAUCCUAUACCUUUGGCUCUGAUAAGGUUUUGGAGUUUCUUCAAAAGCAUGAUGUUGACCUCAUAUGCCGUGCCCACCAGGUUGUUGAAGAUGGGUAUGAGUUCUUUGCUAAUAGGAAACUUGUAACCAUAUUUUCAGCUCCUAAUUACUGUGGGGAGUUUGACAAUGCUGGUGCCAUGAUGAGCGUGGAUGAGACUCUAAUGUGUUCUUUCCAAAUUUUGAAGCCUGCAGAAAAGAAGCCAAAGUUUAGCUUCGGAAGCACAGCUACUGCUAAGCCAGGGACUCCAAGAGUAAAGUCAUUCCUUGGUGCAAAAGUUUGAGAAAAUGGUCAUUUUAAGGAAGAUAUUGAGGAAAGCAAAUGUUGGAUGGCGUUCAGAAUAUAGCUGAAGUUGCCGAAGAAAUCUGGGUGCGUUUCCUCUCAAUGUAUGUGUGAUAAGGACUGGGUAGUCUCUUAAGUGCAGUGACGUUUCACUGGCAAAGGUUCACAAGGCUGUAAUUUUCUUUAUUUGGAUCCCCCGGUGAACAUUACCAGCUCUAACGGUAAGGAAAAACUUUCUUCCUUUUUCUUCAUUUCUUUUUGGUUGUCAUUGUCCUUAGUGUCUUUACUGCGAGCUGCUUUUGCGAAACAAUCUUUACAGCAUGGAAAUACUGAGGUGGGUGUCUUAAAAAUAGGUCUCCCCAUUGUGUAUACUUGACACUGCAUUUGACAUGUAUUGUGUUUUCUCAAUGCGUUUGGAUGAGCCCAUCAUAUACUCUUGGACAUUUCAUUGAAGAAAGAACGAAUAGUUCAACUAUUGAAUCAGCUAUAGUAAUAUCAUUUUCCAUUAA